AUGGGGUGGUGGUCCUCUCUUGCGCUCGUUGCGCUUUGCGCCAGAUCCGCCGUUUCUUGGCCCUACGACCCGUCGUUAACGCAAUACAAUUUGAACGAAAAUCAAACCGCAACAAAUCCCGCGGAUUACUGGGGAUCAUGGCCGGAUCAUGAUGGAGACUACUUCCCUUCACCAGAUAACUGGCGAUUCCCGUUCUACACUAUCUUCUUGGAUCGCUUCGUCAACGGCGAUCCUACAAAUGACAAUAUUAAUGGAACAUUAUUCGAACAUGACCUGAACUCCAACCAGAUGCGUCACGGUGGUGAUGUAGCUGGUUUGGUGGAUACUUUAGAUUAUUUGCAGGGAAUGGGCAUUAAGGGUCUUUAUCUCGCCGGAACCUCGUUGAUGAAUCAACCCUGGGGAUUCGACGGAUAUUCAGCUCUCGAUACAACUCUGCUUGACCAACAUUAUGGUACUAUUCAAAUUUGGCGCAAUGCCAUUACUGAAAUCCACAAGCGGGGGAUGUAUGUUCUCUUCGAUAACACAAUCGCAACAAUGGGUGAUUUGAUCGGCUUCGACGGAUAUAUGAAUACCACGGCUCCCUUCACAGUUAAAGAGCACCAAACUACCUGGAAAACCGACCGUCGGUACGUCGAUUUCGAUAUCGGUCAAACAUACAAUGACACUUGCGAUUACCCUCGAUUCUGGUACGAGAACGGAUACCCUGUCAAUGAAUCUUUGAUCUCUGGUCUGGUUGGUUGUUACGACAGUGACUUCGACCAGUACGGUGAUGUGGAGGCUUUCGGUGUGUUCCCAGAUUGGGAACGUGAAUUGGCCAAGUUCGCCUCCGUGCAAGAUCGUCUACGUGAAUGGUAUCCUCCCGUGCGCGAACGUCUGAUCCGCCAUUCCUGCAUGAUCAUCGCAUCCUUGGAUAUUGACGGGUUCCGCUACGAUAAAGCCACCCAAUCAACCGUCGACGCACUGGGAGAUAUGUCCUCCGCCUACCGCGAGUGUGCGCGCGCCGUUGGAAAGGAAAACUUCUUUAUCGCUGGUGAAAUCACAGGUGGAAACACCUUUGGUGCAGUGUAUGUUGGUCGUGGUAGACAGCCUGAUCAGCGCUCGCCGAGUCCGACCGAUGCGAUGAAGAUGAGCAACAACACUCCGGCACAAUCCUUCUUGCGUGAACUCGGCAAUGAAGCGAUUGAUGGUGCAGCCUUCCACUAUUCUACGUACCGUGCUCUUACCAGGUUCUUGGGUAUGGACGGGUCGCUUUCGGCUGGUUAUGAUACACCUGUUGAUUGGGUUGAGGCAUGGAAUUGGACUUUGCAAACGAACGAUUUGGUGAAUGCCAACACUGGAAAAUUCGAUCCUCGCCAUAUGUUUGGCGCCACCAACCAAGAUGUGUUCCGCUGGCCUGCCAUUGAAUGGGGUGUGCAAAGGCAGCUUCUAGGCCAAUUCAUCACCACAUUGCUUAUUCCUGGUAUCCCUCUUAUGCUUUGGGGUGAGGAGCAGGCCUUUUAUAUCUUGGAUGCAACCGCAGAGAACUAUAUCUAUGGACGUCAAGCUAUGUCACCUGCAAAUGCUUGGGGAACCCACGGUUGCUUUGCAUUGAAUUCAACGCAAUACUACAAAUGGCCCAUUGAGGCCGGUCGUGAGGGUUGUCAUGAUGAAACCGUCGUCUAUGACCACCGCGAUCCCAGCCACCCGGUGCGCAAUAUCAUGAAGCACAUGUAUCAAAUGCGUGAAUUAUUCCCUGUUCUCAACGACGGUUAUAUUAUCAGGAACUUGUCGAAACACACAAACGAGAUUCUUUACCCUGGAUCUAAUACAACGACCACAGAAACUGGAAUGUGGUCUGUCGCCCGGUACAUCAACUCCGAGAUACAGGAUAUGGGUUCUGCUGCCAAAAACCAAACAGUCUGGUUUGUUUACCAAAAUGUGAACCGAACUAUGGAUUAUGAUUUCGAUUGCAACAAUUUUAACCAUUCCUUGCUCGCUCCAUUCCCUACCGGAACCAAGGUGAAGAAUCUCUUCUACCCUCACCAGGAGUUGACACUACAAGACGGACCGGCCAAGCUUUACAUAAAUGGAUCAAACGAGCUCAACGGUUGUUAUCCCAAUAUCACCUUGGACAGGUAUGAAUUCCGUGCCUAUGUUCCCAUCGAGACAUUCGUAAAGCCCGGACCUAUGGUCACCAAGUUCUCCCCCGGUCACGAUUAUCCUCUCCACUCGACAGUGGCACCCAAUCUUUCGGAAGACGUGGAAAUUGAGCUCUACUUCUCCGAGGAGAUGGAUUGUGACUCGGUGACAAACAAUCUGUCAUUCAACUCCUCAACAGAAUUCGAUAAGACUCCCACAGUCAAAGGGACCCCCAAAUGUGGGAACAUCACUGCGACAAGCACCCAGUGGAUUGGACAAAUCCCUAGUACCUGGAAGUGGUCGGCGAAUCUCACCGGUGUUUACAACGGAGUUCACCGUUUGAACUUCAAUAACAUCAGCAACUCCGACAGCACCGCGUAUACCAACUCGAAUGACCACUUUUUGUUCCGCAUUGGACAGGUCGAUAACCCCAUGAUCUUCAGCUCUGCCAAUUAUUCCAUCAGUUUGCUUCACCAGGAAGCCAGUAAUGACACCCUUUUCAUCCAGCACCACGCUGCUGGUGCUGACAAGUACCGAUACUCGACGAACUGGGGAUCAACCUUCUCAGACUGGAAGACCUACGCCGGUGGAAAUGACACAAUCGAGCGUCUGCCGUGGUCUGGCACCAAGGCGCAGGCUUGGAAGGGAGACCAUGUCCGCGUUGAGUACUGGAGUCGUUGGACCGGCAGCAGCGAUUACGUUCAAGAAGGCGACGUGAACUGGGGAUCUACCCAGCGUCGUUUCCCCCAUGUCUUCUUCAACGGCCCGUACAAUGAGUACGGAUACGACGGCGGCCUGGACAACAUCAUGCGCCUAGACGAGAAAGACGGAAACUGGAAAUACCAUUUCACUUCUGAGUGGCCCGCAGUUGGACAGCUCAACAUUUGGGGCAUCAACCCUGACGGGCAGCCAGAUCAGAGCUGGGUGCUGGGUGAUGUCGAUCUUGACAACGUUCUGGAUCGCAUGCCGCCAUCAUCUCUUUCCGCUACGUUGAUCAAUAUCACGGAGACUCCAUCAAAGGGCUACCUUUCCUGGGAGCUCCAAGUCAACGACGGAACUCAACGAUACCAACUUGUAGCUGUCGGAUCUCAAUCUAUUCAGAUCGCGAUGUAUGUGCUUUUCUGGCUUGUGCCUUUGUUGUCUGGCUGUGGCUGUGUCUACAUUUUCAUGAAGUCCUUCUACAAGGUCAAGUUCAACCAAGUUGGUGUCAGUGAGAAGCGAAGCUUGGCCCCGAUGGUGCUCUUGCAGAAGUUCAAGCCGUUUAACAGUCUGAUGGGAGGUUCUGAGAAUCGUCUGUUCCGUCUGGGUGGCGCCAAGUCCUCUUUCAUGCAAAGUACAACUGCUCUGGGGGCAGUGGGUGCGACAGAUAAGCGACGCAUGGUUCUCAUCGCCACCAUGGAAUAUGAUAUCGAGGAUUGGGCCAUCAAGAUCAAGAUCGGAGGUCUUGGUGUUAUGGCUCAGCUCAUGGGCAAGACUCUCGGACACCAAGAUCUGAUCUGGGUCGUUCCCUGCGUCGGCGGCGUUGACUACCCGGUCGAUCGAGUCGCAGAGCCUAUGACCGUGACUAUUCUGGGUAGCGCGUAUCAGGUUCAGGUGCAGUACCAUACCUUGAAGAACAUCACCUACGUUCUCCUCGAUGCGCCCGUGUUCCGUCAGCAGUCAAAGUCUGAGCCAUACCCUGCUCGCAUGGAUGACUUGGACAGUGCAGUCUACUACUCAGCCUGGAAUCAGUGUAUUGCCGAAGCGAUCAAACGUUUCCCAAUUGACCUCUACCACAUUAACGAUUACCACGGAUCUGUUGCUCCCCUUUACCUUUUGCCCGACAGAACCAUCCCCGCCUGUCUCUCUCUCCACAACGCCGAGUUCCAGGGUCUUUGGCCCAUGCGCACUGUUAAGGAGCGAAAAGAAGUCUGCUCGGUCUUCAAUCUUGAUGAAGAAACUGCGCGCCGUUACGUCCAAUUCGGAGAGGUCUUCAACUUGCUUCACGCUGGAGCAAGCUACCUCCGCGUGCAGCAACAAGGUUUCGGUGCUGUCGGUGUGUCAAAGAAAUACGGCAAGCGAUCUUACGCUCGUUAUCCUAUUUUCUGGGGUCUACGCAAAAUCGGUAACUUGCCGAACCCUGAUCCCUCGGAUGUCGGAGAAUGGACCAAACAGCCUACCAAGGAGGAGGAUAUCACAGUCGAUGCUCAGUACGAAGCAGGUCGUGGUGAACUCAAGAGACAAGCACAGGAGUGGGCUGGCCUUGAGCAGAACCCCGACGCUGAUCUCUUGGUUUUCGUCGGUCGUUGGUCCAUGCAGAAGGGUGUCGAUCUGAUCGCUGAUGCCAUGCCCGCUGUAAUGGAAGCUCGUCCCAACGUGCAGCUUAUCUGUAUCGGUCCUGUGAUUGAUUUGUACGGAAAGUUCGCCGCGCUGAAGCUCGGUCGCAUGAUGGAGGUUUACCCCGGACGAGUAUUCUCGAAGCCGGAGUUCACUGCUCUGCCGCCUUUCAUCUUCUCUGGUGCCGAAUUCGCCCUCAUCCCGUCCCGUGAUGAGCCCUUUGGACUUGUCGCAGUCGAGUUUGGUCGUAAGGGUGCCCUGGGUAUUGGUGCGCGUGUUGGUGGUCUGGGUCAAAUGCCUGGCUGGUGGUACAAUGUGGAAUCCACAUCUACAUCGCAUCUCCUCGUCCAGUUCAAGUUGGCUAUUGAUGCUGCGCUCAGCUCCAAGACUGCUACUCGUGCUAUGAUGCGCGCCAGAUCUGCUAAGCAACGUUUCCCUGUCGCCCAGUGGGUUGAGGAUCUCGAGAUCCUGCAAUCCACAGCCAUUCAAGUUCACAACAAGGAGUCGACCAAGGGUCCUCUAAGCCGCCUUCAAACGCCCAGAGAUAGCACCAUCAGAUCUCCAAGUGGGGAAUUGAGCCCGCUGCCUUCCCCAGGAAUGCAUUCCGCGUUCCCCCAUUCCAGAGAUAGCAGCUACUCCAGCUUCAACCAGGUCACCGACUUGGGACCCCCGAGUCGCAAUAUUUACAGCCGUGAUGCGGGUCCUGAGACUGAAAAGCCAAAGUCUGGUCUGAGCCGUUCUCUGUCUCUCGGUGUGCGAUCGGGUCCUGGUCAUCGUGGAACCCGCCGCAAUGGUCAAAGCAGCGAAGACUCAACAGAGACUGACAGCGAAAUUGACGCCAUUGCCGAAGAAAGCGGUGAUGAUGAUAGCAAUGAGGAGUACACUCUGACCGCGGCCCAGCUCGAGGAGAGCAGACACGCACACGCUUUUCAGCGACACGAUAUCCCAAUGCAUAGACGUGUCCCAAGUCAAGAGUCUGUGCAUGCUAGGUACAUGUCCCCUCUGGCAAGCCCGGGUCUGGCCAGCCCCGGCACACCACCAGCCGCCGAUCAGCUUCUUCUGCCUCCUCGAUCCUUUGCCGAGACCAACAGACUGAGUAGCGCCUCUGUGCUGUCGCUCGACUCCGUGGUCGGCAACAAGAAAGACUUCAGACUGCAGAAGGUUGACCCAUUCUUCACUGAUGGCAACGGCGAAUACUACCACACCUUCGAGUCAAUGUUGGCUGAUCUGAACGGAUCCAACUCCGAAGGCUCACUCUGUAUCGAGGAGUUCCUGGUCAAGAGUGAACAGGAGUGGUUCGACAAAUUCCGCAACGCUAAACUGGGUCGCCACGCCCACAAGUCGCCUACCCCAUCCGUCUUCCGCUCAAAACACAGUCACUCCCCAGUUCCUUCAUAUAAUGAGGAAGGUAUGACCCAUGUUGCCGAUAGCGAAAAUGGUGAUGAAUGGGACGAUGAAUUCCUCCUCGGAAAGGACUAUGUUCCUCCCACCGGACUCAGAAAAUGGAUGCAAAUCAAGGUUGGCGAUUGGCCCGUCUACUCCAUCUUCCUUGCUCUUGGUCAGAUCAUCGCUGCAAACUCCUACCAGAUUACCUUGCUCACGGGCGAAGUCGGUGAGACUGCUGAGAAGUUGUACGGUAUCGCGACUACAUACGCCAUCACCUCUAUUUGCUGGUGGCUCGUGUACCGCUACUUCAAAUCUUAUGUCUGUCUCUCGGCACCGUGGUUCUUCUACGGCAUUGCUUUCCUAUUGAUUGGCUCCGCUCACUGGGAGAAGAACUCCUUCAACCAAGGAUGGAUUCAAAAUAUUGGUAGCGGAUGCUACGCAGCGGCUUCAUCCAGCGGAUCUAUCUUCUUCGCCUCGAACUUCGGUGACGAGGGAGGUGCCCCUGUCGAGACAUGGAUCUUCCGUGCCUGUGUUAUUCAAGGUAUCCAGCAGGCAUACGUGAUUGCUCUCUGGUACUGGGGUUCGACUUUGAGUAAGGCCUCUAGUGAAGGCCUCAUCACCUCCACCAACACCAUCGCUAGCACCUGGAAGAUGACUGCCAUCUGUUACCCUAUUGCUAUCUUCCUCUUCGGUAUUGGUCUGCUCCUGAUUUUCGGACUUCCCGAUUACUACCGUCAGAAGCCAGGCAAGGUGCCUUCGUUCUACAAAUCUCUCUUCCGACGGAAGAUCGUUCUCUGGAAUUUUGUAGCUGUCAUUCUACAAAACUUCUUCCUCAGUGCACCUUACGGUCGCAACUGGAGUUUCCUAUGGAACUCUAUCCACACCAAACCCUGGGAAAUUGUCAUCCUCUGCGUCGUAUUUUUCGGCAUAGUCUGGUGCAUCUUCCUCUACAUCGUCAGCCGUUUCUCCAAGCGACACACCUGGUUCCUCCCCGUCUUCGCAUGCGGUCUCGGCGCACCACGCUUCAUCCAGAUCUGGUGGGGUGUUUCCGGUAUUGGAUACUACUUGCCAUGGGUUGCAGGAGGACUUACUGGUGGAGCUCUCGCAUCCCGCAGUAUCUGGCUGUGGCUGGGUGUGUUGGAUUCCAUCCAAGGUCUUGGAUUCGGUAUCAUUCUUCUGCAAACCUUAACUCGUGUUCAUAUGUGUUUCGCCCUCAUGGCGUCGCAAGUUCUCGGUUCUAUCGCAACGAUCUGCGCUAGAGCUUUCGGUCCUAAUGCCACUGGUCCUGGACCAGUUUCUCCAGACAUGACUAAGGGCGCCGAUGCGCUAGCAAAUGCAUGGUUUUGGGUGGCGUUGUUCUGCCAGCUUUUGAUUUGCGCUGGAUUCUUGCUCUUCUUCCGGAAAGAACAGCUAUCUAAACCCUAA